CGGUGUAGUAAUGUGGGAAGGGAGAAAGAAAAAACAAGAUUAACGAAGACAGGAGAGACAGUAUGCAUAAUAUGCAUUUCUUAUUGACACAAGGUAACAGUCUAAUCCGGAGGCAGCUGUAUCUGUUAAAGAAAUCGAAAGAAACUGGAUGAACAAGGGCGCUUUUUGUGGUUACUUCGUGGCCAGAGCAGACCAUCUCGCAUCAGAUUCGCCCGCCAUUCGAGAUGUUUCGACGUGCACGCGCUUCCGCGCCAACUUUUAGUUCUCAGGCCUAGUAGAGACACGCGCCAUCGACGAAUAUAACUCGACGCACUUUAUACAAAAGGAUGUAGACCUGAUAUACCCUAAUGUGAGAGGGUCAGAAGCUAUCCAGAUGACUUAAUUCCCAUGGCCGAUACAGAGAAACAGGGUGCAAUGGUGCUUCAUGAAGAGGGCGUGACUGCCCCAACACUGGCACCUCCCACAACCACUCCGCCUUCCAUUUUUGUUGUUUUAAAACAGUUGCAAUCUAGCGAUAGUGGGAAUGACAAGGCCAAACUAAUGGCAAUUAGUGAGGCAAAUAAAAUAGGGAUAUCCUCAAUUGGCUCUGCUGUGACAGGCAUUCAACCAACAUCCUCCACAUUUGCAGACACUAACAGCACCACACCAUCUGAGAACUUACCAGCAGAUGCUAGAUGUAGAGGCAUCACUGUUACCCUGGAUAACAACAAUAUGUGGAACGAGUUCCAUAGAUGUAAGACUGAGAUGAUUCUGACUAAACAAGGACGUAGAAUGUUCCCCUAUUGCCGGUUUCGUCUCUCUGGAAUGGAACCUUUUCAGAAUUAUGUUUUGGCAAUGGAUAUUAAACCUGCUGAUAACUGCAGAUAUAAAUGGAGUGGCAAAGGAUGGGAACCCAAUGGGAAGGCUGAGCCGCAUAUUUCACGGUUGUUUGUACACCCAGAAUCCCCUGCUAGUGGCUUACAUUGGAUGCAGUACCCCGUUUCAUUUUACAGACUGAAACUUUGCAACACCUUGGAUCAAGAGGGCCAUAUUAUUUUGCACUCAAUGCAUCGGUACCUUCCUCAAAUUCAUAUUAUACCUGCAGACAAAGUCAGUAAAGAUGUUCUAAUUUUGGACAGACCCAAUGUUGUAACUCUCAGUUUUGCUCAGACUGAGUUUUUUGCAGUCACAGCCUAUCAAAACCUUUGCAUCACCCAGCUCAAGAUUGACUACAACCCCUUUGCCAAAGGUUUCAGGGAGGAUGCGGUCAAUGCGCGAUCAUCUAAGGCCAAGAAUGGAUUGUCCACUGAUGAAACAGAGAGUGAGCUCAAGCUGAGCAAGGAGAUGACAACCUUAAAUAACUUGAAAACACUGUUCAUGAAGAGAAAAGCUUCUGUAAAGGUCAAUGUGGAUCAAAACGUUCCCAGCCCUACAAAUGGGGAAAAGAAAGUUGUUAAUGGUGCUGCGCCAGCUGUAGACACAAAUGUUCAAAGUUUGUGUAAGAAGCGGCCAUCGUCAUUGGCAUUCUCAGACUUCAUUAAAGGCGCUCAUGUGAAAGUCAAAAGGUUAUCACUUGAGAAUAUCAACAAAACUGGUCUGGCCACGCAGCCAUCAACUGCUUGCACAAGUAAACAAAAGGAGGCAAUUGAUAUAUCAUCCAAAACAGAAAAUUCAUUGCAGAUUGAUCAAAAAGAUGGAACUGUUACAGGCGAUGUUCUCAAAUGUGAAAGCACAGACACAUCUUCAAGAAUGGGUGUAUUAAAAGCAAAUGAGAUUAAAAAAGAAAUUGACGAACACAGUGCUGACAAGAAUACAUUGAUAUUAAGUGACCAAAAUCUAUCCUGUUCGGAUGAAAAAAAAAUGGAGACAGUUUCUUCACUAAGUACUGAAGCCAGGCCUGAAGCAAAAAUAAAGAAAACCUUACCACACAAGAGACCAGAACGUGUGCCCCUGCCUCUCCUUGCUAAGUUUCUAAAACAGAGAAGACCUAGUUUGCCCAAACCUGUCUCUCACAGCUCACUCUCAGAUUCUGAAAAGUCCUGUGAACCUGUCCAAACCUCUGAAAGCGCAUCUGUCUUAAUGUCUUUUGUACCUUGUGUUACUACAAACCUUGAUUCACAACCAGCAGUUACCUCAUUAUCUCAGAAAGUUACAUCAUCAACUACAGAUGCAAGCAACAUAACAUCUCUUUCCACUACGUUAUCAUCUUUAUCAACAACUGUCCCCCUUAUACCAUCGGAAACACAAUUAUGUGAUAGAUUUUCAGCUUCCCCAGUUGGCAGUGAUCCAUUCAGUGCCCCAAACACUACCUCUCCCUCGAAACCUAAUUUUAACCCAACACCUGACAUUUCUAAUAACACUGAUGCCAUUUUUACACCAGAUCAUGAUAACACACACAGGUCACAGUCAGACAUUUCAUCUGAUUCAACAUGUGAUGUGCAUGACAGCUGUCCACCAACAGUUAACACUGACACUGUUGAAACACCAGUCGUCCCUUCUCCCAGGUCAGUUUUUGAUAUACCAUCUAGUACAGAUAAUGACAUGAACUCUUACCAGGACAUUACCUCAAUGCCUGAUGUAGCUGAGGGUGAAUCUAUUUCUGAUUGUCUUUUAGACAGUUCCACGGGCUCUUGUCCUGAGUUUUUUUCUGAAGAAAUCCCUCCAAACACACUAUUCACAAAUGAAGAUUCACUUUCCUUGCCUUUAGAUGACCCAUCCUCGCCAGCUUUUUCCUUACCUAGCCCGGCUCCCUCCUCUCCUGACCCAUUUCCACCAAGUUUAUUCUGUGAUAGACCAGUACCUCCCAGAAAAGCUCUUGAUUCAUUUCCAGAGAGGCUAUUGGAUUGCACGGCUUCUUCUGCUCGUGACCCGUUCCCACUUGGUUUUUUCAAUGACAGGCCUGAACCUCCUAGACAGAUCUUUGAUCUUCCAGAUAGACCACUCAUAGGAACUUUAGCUUCAAGAGAAUCAUUAUCAUCAAGUGUCAACAAUGGGCCUGAACAUCCCAUGGAAACAAGUGACUUGUUUUCUCAAACUCACUGCUCUGAUAGAGCAAAUUCCCUUAAUGAUUUGGAGUCAGCUGCUAGUUGUGAGACUGCUGUUUCUGACAGCAGUAUUUCCAAACCAACUAAACCGUCACCUCAUGAAAGCGGUUGCAAAAAAUACAAGGCAAAACAGAAAAAAGUAGGAACACUGAAGUUGGGUGAACAUAAUGAAGUAUUCGUUGGACCUGUACCUGUUCCAUUGCAACCCAGCCUGGAGGAUGUCGAAGGCCAACUGUUUGUCUCAUUCAUGUCAAAGAAAGCUCUUCGGAUUCAUCUUGGAGAUGAUGAUAAACCAGAGACGGCACAACAAAACACAGAUAAUCCAGAUGGCAACAAUGAAGAAGAUAUAGAGAAAAAGAUAGAAGGGCUAGAAAAAGUCCUUUUCCAUGAUCUGAAAUUCAUGAAGAACAGACAGGUCAUUCAUCCUGUGCUACAAAAAGUUGGAUUGAAGUUGAAUCUGCUUGACGUCACCCUGGAAAUUGAUCUGCAAUAUUUGGGUGUGCAGUUACCCAUACCCCCACCUGCUCUCUUACCUGAAGAAACAUCAUCUCAAGCCCAGUUUGUUUCAAGGACAGGGAAAACUUCUGACUUCACCCAAAUUAAAGGUUGGAGAGAUAAGUUUGCUCCCUCUGCAUCCCUUAGUGAAGGUGUGUCAAGCACAGAUGCAGGACAGAGCAACCUCUCUGCAUUUUGUAGUGAUAUGUUGGAUGAGUACCUGGCCAGUGAGGGCAAAUUGAUUGAUGAACGAGCUGCCGCCUUAUCACAGGCUGAUUGUACCCCUGUAGCAUACCAGCUACCCACUAAAAGCACUAGCUACGUUCGCACCCUGGAUAGCGUACUUAAGAAACAAGUACCUGCUACCAUAACCACAACAACCAAUAAAGUCAAGCCAACAUUUAAGUCAAAAGUGGAAAAUAAAUCUAAAAAACCUCUGAAGUCUGGUAAAGGAAAGCAAACAAAACCAAUCAUUUCUGACGCUAAAUCGUCUUUGUCCAUGAAAAAGCCACAACAGAACAAGAAAUUUAAAAAUAAGAAGGACUUUAAGAGUUUGAGUCCUGAAAAGCCUGUUGUGGCCCCAGUGGCAGCUUCUAAUAAGACUCCCAAAGGUGAAAAAUCUGGCUCCACACCAUCGACUUGUGCAGGUGGGCGUAGUCCAGGUUUGCCUAAGACUCUGGUAAAGCUGAUGGAUGUGGAAGAUGGAGCAGUGUGGGAAGGCAGACAUCGUUCCUAUAUCACAGAAGAAAGAGCGGCCAUUGCUCUAGCUACACUUGUCACUGCUGAGGGGGUAUCUACCGGAAGUCCUGAUGCCAUCAGAAUUAUAAGACGUCGUGCACCACCGUGCCUCAAUGUAUUCUGUAGGCUUGGUUGCGUGUGUGCCAGCCUUGUUCAUUUGAGGCGACAUCAUCACUGUGGAAAGCCACAGUGCAUGCUGGGCUGUAGCUGCCUACGGCGCAAAGUUGUUGCACUAAAGACUCCCAAACAGGAGGAAGGUACAGCCGAUGAUUCUGAACCACAAGGAAUGUCAGAAGAAAACAAGGCUAAAUGGAGAAAGAAAAACAAAAUGAGGAAAACAUAUGUUUUGACAGAUCCAGAAAUAGCACCUGAACCAGCAAAGCGUGUGAGUACAUUAUGGGAUCGGACAAGAGGAAAUUUUGAUAGAGAGGUUCUUUACUGUCCUCCUCCUCCGAGAUCUCCACUGCCGCAACUCCUAUCUCAAGAGCUUCAGCAUGAUCUGGAAAGCUUUCUCAGUCCUUCAAAACAAAAAAGGGUGGAAGAGGUAAAUAAGAGUUCUAGUAAGGACAAUAUCGAGAUCAACCUGACAUGUGCUCGUUCUCGACCAUUUUACUCAAACUGUCAUGAUAAACCAAAAACGGAUGACAACAAGCACCACAUCUCUCAAGUCUCUACACCAGAUAUCGAGGAGGGUGAGCUUGUACCUCUAAAUUUGUCUGGCCCCGCUAAACGGCUUGAGAUGAUGUCUGAAUGCACUUGGACUAGUACAGACAUGAGAAAUAACGUUAUGCGGAUUGUGUGUGAGCAUAUGGCUCAAGAUCGUUUGAAGCAGCCUUUCUGGAUUGGCAAGUACUUCGUUAAGCCAAUCUCCAAGAUUCUUGAAGAAGAAGAAAAUGGGUCUGUUGAAAUAUACAAAGUCAUCAUCUCUCAACCAGUGGAGAAGAAGACAGAAAAUGAAAAGGUUACACUAAAAGAAGAGGAGUUGAAAAAGCAUGUACAGAAGAGUGAGGUGAAAGGUUUGCCCUUUCUCUCUAAGUGUUGCCCUGCAGGCUUGCUCAAGGCUGAGAAAAAAUCACCAGAUGCCCCAGGCCAGAUAAUGGUCAAUGGAAAGCCUUAUCCUCAAGCCAAGUUAGAGCUGGGGCAUAUGGGAGCUUUGCACCCAGCCAACAGACUGGCAGCUUACAUCACAGGGAGGAUAUGUCCAACAGUAUCAGCCAUUACAAAGCCUUUGGUCACAUCCGUUCCAUCAUCUACUGGGACUACAGUAUCUAUAGUUACCUGUACACCUGCUUCAACAACCACAUCUAUAAGCAAGUCUGUGGCAGCCCAGUCCCCAUUGGAAAAGGUUUUCAGCCAGUUUGUGGUCAACCAAAUCAACUCUCAAAAUGUGUCCAACACUAGCACCUCACAUUUACAGCCUUCUGUUCCAAAAAUUGUCAUCCCCUCUCCCUUGUUGAUGAUUGGCAAAGAGUCUGGGGCUCCCAGUGUGGCUCUUUCUUCUCUUAAAGCUGGCCUGGUUACUCAGGUGUCUGAGUCCUCAAAUUCCACAGGUAGCACCACUUUUCCCACUGUAUCAAAUGUCCAGGUCCCUGCCAUCACCAUCCUCACUAAGUCACCCAGCCUGCCUCUGGGUGGGUCUACUACUACUACUACUGCAUCUACUCCUGGAUUGACUUCUCCCACUAAAAAGACUGUUUACAUAACUGUUGCAUCCCGAAAUACAGGCCUCACCAAUAGUGGUCCUCAGAUUAAAAAAGUUGUCACACCGACUGGUCCCCCACAGACCUCAGGCCAAAAGAUGUUGCUUCAGGUCGUUAAAACAGCUGAUGGCAACACCUUAUAUCGUAAUUCUAAUGGCCAACUCAUGCAGCUGGUGCCUUUAAGUCAGAUCAAAGCUCUCAAACCCAACCUCCUCUCUCAAGGCCAACCAACCAUUAUCCGAUUGCCUGCACCACCUACAGUGACUACGAACAAGCCUCAGGGAGGCAGUGCCACCAUAGUCACAUCUUCCAUCCCAACAACACAAACACUAGCAAAGCCUAGUGGUACAGUACCAGUCUCUACAUCUUCAUCUAUGGGUGGCAAGUUAAUUUCACUCCCUUCAUCCAAAUCAGUCUCCUUGAGCAGCCUUCCUUCUACCCUUAAAGUUGUCCAGGGUUUUCUGGGACAGUCUGGCACUUGCACAUUAAGAAUUCUCCCACCAAAUACUCCAACUUCCUCCACUAUCCUCUCACAGAGUGGCCUCACAUUGUUAAAGUCUGCAAGUUCUAUGCCGCCAAAACAAGACUCGGACAAGUCUGAGACCAAUGUUUCUUUUAGCUCACAAUCUACAGAGAAGACUGUCAUUCCAGUCUUGAAGCAGUCUACGGUUGAUCCUGCUAAACAAAAUAGCAGUGAUAAUGCUAAUGUGAAAGAAAAACAUUUCAACAAGGAACCAGAUCCUGAAGAGAGAGAGAUUGGUUCAGACUCAACAGAAUUAACUGAUGACUCUGACCUAUACAGUGACGAUGACCAAGAGGAUGCAUCUUGUAUAAGCGCUUCUGAUAGAGAGGAGAAGAUAGAGGAUACAGAUGGUAUGGACACUGAGAAGAAAGGUUAUGCAGAGAUGGUGGUUGACAUUGAGACCAUUGAAGAGUCUGCAGAGCAAAACAGAAUUGCAAAAUUUAGGGCAUCUGCACAUCGACGUAACCAGAAGCGCAUUCAUGAUGAAUUGUUGGAAGUAAGGGUCAAGAGGGUAAGACAGGAGAGAAAGAGGCGCCACACACUCAGUGAGUGCUUUAUUAAACUUCAGGGGACUCUGGGACUGUCUUCAAAGAAAUUUGAAGUGUCCAGGAUGAGGAUCCUCACAAAGGCUAAUAAAGAAGUUGAGUAUCUGGUUAAGCUGGAGGACUACUUGGUAGAAAAAAAAGCGAAGCUGCAAUUUAAGAAAGAGCGUUACAUACAGACACUUUCACAAUUGUGUGAUAAGAGUACAGAGUCCAUUGGCCUGAAGCUUAAUGAAAUCAUUUCUAAACAAAAAGCCCUGGAGGCCCAGUCUAAAACAAAAGAGAUGAAUCCCAAGCCCAUUCAGGCUAAAUGCAAAGCUAAACCCAAAUCCAAACCCAAAUGCAAAUCCAAACCCAAAUCUAAAGUAGUUGAUGUUUGUGGUAAACAGAAAAGUUUAGCAGUCCAGAAAAAAGUAAAAGAUGUUCCCAAAGCCACCUAUUCUCCCUCCAAACCAAUAGACUUGAGUAUUAAAAAACAGAAAAGUCUGGAAACGACUGAAAGUGUUCCAAAAUCCACACCAUCAGUCUCAGUGCCUGCAGACCUUGAUUGUAGUAAAAAUACUCUUAAAAUUCUGGAUACUAAUACAGCAAUAACUACAUCAACACCUAUUCAACCAUCUUUCAACUCCACUUUAGUCAUGAAACCAGUCUCUAUCCCAAGUCCUGUUAAACAUCCUCCAAUCACACGUGAGAGAAUGCGGCCUAACAUUCUUUCACGUGCCUCAUCUCAGGCGAUGCAAGGAUCUCCAGUCAAAGAGUCUCUUUUAACUAAUGUGUGCAUACCUCAAGUAUUACCUCUGAUGAAUACUAUGGUUCCAUGCAAUCAAAUCAUAACCAUAAACAACUCACUUCAACCGAUUGGCAUCACCUCAGUUGGACAACAAUCAUCUACACCAGGUGUAGCCUCUGUGUCUAUAGUUCCCACACUAUCUCACCCGCUUCGAGUGGAAAAUGCUCUUCCUAUGUUGCACCCUCAGUUUAUUAAAAUCACAAACAGUCCUGUUAAUAUUAACACGAAAGUGGAUUCUGCAAGCCUUCCAAAUAUCAGCAAUGUUAUUUCUCUGGCGGAGAAUCUAGUAGUACCACGGAAAGUUGGGGAAGAUAAACCUGUUGUCCAAGCACAGCCAACAUCUGUGGACAAUCAGCAGAAUUCUUCCGAUGAUAAAAUUCCUGAUUUGAAGCAAAAGACUGAUGAGGCUCCAUCCAAGGAUGUAUCCAAACAAUCUGUCGUAGAAGAUCAGAAAGUUGCAUCUGUACCUAAGUCCAACCCAGAAGAACCGGAGAAUAAGAGUCCCGAUGACAGCGAUGAUCCGGAAGAUGAAAAUCUAUUGUCUUUGCUGGAUGAACUUGUUCUUCUUAGCCAACAGUUGAAUAAUGAAGAUGAAGAUCAGAGAAUUGCCGUGCCAGGCGAUGUACAGUCAUGUUCUGACAAACCGGAAGAUCCAGAACCGGCAGACGAACGUGCUCUAAGUCCUUUGUUCUUAACUCUAGAUGAAGAUCUGAUGUCCCCAGACUCUAAAGAUGAAAUCGAUAUCCCACCCAAAGUGGAUGACCUGGUCAAAGUUAUCUUCGGGUCAGAUUCCCCUUCGGUUUCAUCUGAAUCUGGGGUUGCACAGUCAACAAAUGCUUCGAGCCCACAUGCAUCAACAUGCAACGCUACAGGUGAUGGACUUACUCCCCCACCUCUGUUGCACAUGAAAGCUGCAUGUGAAGCUGCAUCAGGCCAAUCUGCCAAUGAGGGAAACAGUGUGACAUGGCGGCCUAUGCCUAAACUGGUUCCUCUAGGGUUGAAAGCUCAAGAUGCUGGUAAGGUAAUCAAUUCCUCAGUCCCCAAUCUGGAUUCAAGUGAGCAAGAUACACCACAAAUGUGAUCUAUCAAUCAUUGAAUCAGGUAUAGCUGCUACUCAUGUUGUUUAAUGUACAAAAUAGGAUGUUUUUUAAAUGUAUUUAUUUUUUUGUUUGCUGUGUCAGAUGUGCUGCCAUGGGCACCACAUAUUGUGCCUCUGGUAUAUCCAAAGACGUUUAGUCCAUUUUACUUUAUAAUUUUGGUGUUGUUAUUUUUUUUGUUCAUUCUCAACAUACUUGACCUGCAAGACGUCAGUUGAAUUUUCUUUCUUGUAUUUCCACUCUUUGUGGCAAUAGUCGAAAGAAGCCGUUAACUCAUUCUACCCUCCAUAUUGGAGCUUGUUUUUUUCCCACUGGAGCUCAUUAAAAAACUAAAAGUUUACUUGAUCUUUAAACGUAAGAUUGUUUCUCCCUUAGCGUCAUCAAGAUGAACGGAUAACAGUUGUUUCCGCUGGAGAUUUUGUUGGAAUAGGAGGGCGUUUCUUUCUGGGUGACCUUUUUAGGAAUAAUUAAAUUUACCCAGUGACUUUUAUUACUAAAGCGGUUUCACCCGUGACUUUAUCUGCUAAUGAGAUUACUCAAAUGCCAUUGUCUUUACAUCUAGCUAAAACAUCACUGUCUGUUAGGCCCAUUGAAUGCAUGUUAAGGCAAUAAUACUUGUUAAACCUUUCUGGAACAAAAUAAUGUUCUUACAGAAGUUGAGUAUAUACAUUAAAAGUUUAUAUUUUAUGUUCAGUGCCUUUCAAAAGGUUCUUCUGAAUGCAUAUUGGACCAUAGAAAGGUUUUAUUGUAUUAGUAUACCUGGAAUAGGAAUAAAAGAAAAACUUUAUAUCAGCUUUAGUUUUUGCUGAGGUUUUCGAGGUGUUACUACUGCUAUUUUAGUUAUUUUGUCUUUUUGUUUGCUUUGAAAGUAAUCAGCAAGGUUUGAGUGUUUCUGGCAUUUGAACGUUUUAGAUGUAAAAACCUUUUCUUGCUUCACCCUUCUCUUUAGAAUAAAUUACAAAUUGCAAAGGGUUUUAACACUUAAAUGUAACACUACCAGCGAGACGGUUAGAUUACUCAUUUUAAGCUUGAAAUAUAGUUCUCACUAUGCAACUGUUUUGCGUUAGAUUCAGACUAGACAGAUAUCGAAAACAACACUGCAUAAUUUCCUUAAAACAAGAUGCUAUGUUCUUUCUUGCAUCUUUAAAGCUAAACUGUUAUAUGUUGUAAAUAAGUUAGCUAGGUAAAACUCUGUAUAUUGGCAAAGAGAACUCUUCUUGUAUGUUGUAAAUAUGUAAAAUUAUUCCUUUUGUUAGUCUGCAAACUGUCUAUUAAAAUACUUAUUUUUAUAUGCUAUUAAUCAAUGCUCUCUCACCUUUGUAAAAGCAAUGGAUAUGUCAAUAAAGUCUGUGAAAUAUC